AAACACGUCACAGAAAAGACCGGAAGAGGCAUGCGGAGCUGCAUUUAUCAACACACGAAGCCAUAAACCGUCAUAAAGCUGCUUCCAAUUCCUGCACAGAUGACCGAAAUGACACUGCUGCUUUAAAGCGCUUCAGCACCAUUUAAGGGCACGUCUCGGCUAUUUAAUACAAGAUAAUUUUAGUCCAAAGAACGAGUCAGACAGCUGAAUAUAUUACAGUCAAUAAUGAGUGCUGAAGCAGUCAGCUGUACUAUAAAGUCACCUGUCGCACUGCAGAUUGGAGAUGCUGUAUCUGAUUCAUCUCGCGCUGGUGUCUAUAUAACAGACAUCACCCUUGCUGAGCCUGUAAACAUUCAGGAAAUCUCUUUCAAGAACUACUACACAGCAUAUUUGACGGUCCGUUUGCAGCGGAGAGAGGAGAGUUCUGCUAAGUGGGUCACUUGUUUGAGAAACUACUGCCUCAUGGCUAAUCCACACGCCGAGGCCGGAUCACAUGACUAUUUCUCCAUCUACAGACAACAGAUGUUGACGGAGCCUGAUAAUGUGACAACAGUUAGACUCAUCUUGCGACAGCCCUCCUCAGAAUGGCUCAAUUUCAGCAUUGAGGAAAUUAACAUUUACUCCUGUGCAAAAGAGGACUCAGAGCGAGAUGUUCCUGCCUGGUUAUCCACUCUCACACCUGUAGAAGAACCUCUUGAUUUGAAUGGACUUCCUGAUCCAGAGACGGUUUCCUCCAGCAUUCAGCAGAUGUGGGCACUCACCGAGAUCAUGCAGGCAAGCCAGACUGCGGCUUCCAUCGGACGUUUCGAUGUGGAAGGCUCUUAUGACGUCAAAUUACUGUCGUACACAUAACGGGAAUGCUGAAAACUGAACCAUACUUUGACUUCAUCAUCUGUUCAUUCAGUUUAUAAUUUCAUUUCUUGAGAUGAAACCACUUGCACCAGGAUAGUUUUAUUCAAUAUUGGAAUUACUUUUUAUAUAUAGGACUGUGUAUUUGUUAUUUUAUUCUACUUAUUUAUUUUUAGGUUUCAGAGAAUAUUUUAAACUUACUUAACUUAUGUAAAUGACAUAAUUCUCAUAAACUGCAUUAGUGACUCUACAAACCAGAUACUUUGAGCACAGCACGAUUGGAAAAUUCAUUGGUCAAAAGUUAUGGGGAGUCUGUAUAUUAAGAUUACUUAUGUAUUUAUUUACACAUUUGUGAUCGCACAUUUAAUAAAAAUAAUCAUCCAUG